AUGAUGAAUUUUUACAGAAAUUUAAUGCGUAGUAAAGCCAAUUCUUUAAAGCACAUUGAUAUUGAAGCUAUGAAGGAGGGCCACCAAUUCACUAUAGACCAAGGGAAGAUUCUUACUGCUAAAGUUUUUGAUGAAGAGAUUGUAAAAGCAUUACAGGGUAUUGGUGGUUUGAAGAGUCCUAGAAUUGAUGGGUAUAGGGCUAAGUUUUUUAAAGCUAGCUGA